GAUUCCUGUUCUUAGGUACUGUCCAUUGUCAUUUCGUGAUUGUUUACAUUUUCGGUAUUUGCUUUACGUUUGACAUACAAAGCAAAACACGUUUGUUUUCAUUAUGGUAUGCCUAAAAGCAUUAAGAGGCUAGAUGAUUGUACUUGUACUACAUGUAUGCAGUAUAAAUAUGGCUUCACCACAAAAGUUAACAACUAAAUUGUUUAAUUUAUCGCCCCAGAUAUUAAGGAAUUUCGAUGGAAGAACGUACUUAAAUAAAAAAUCUCCUAUAAAAAAUAUUCAUAAAAAGACUAUAGGAAACAAGAAUCAACUAUCCCCUUUUAAUAUUGACACUCCUAACAGACAGAAAAUAUUGAAAGAUGGUCUUCCUUUUAAACAUGGGACAUUUUUAGGAAGUGGUGGAUUUGGUACUGUAUAUAAAGCUUCAUAUAAAGGAGAUCAAGUAGCAGCUAAAGUGAUGCAAACAGAAAAGUGUUCCAAUGUAUUUGACUGUGAAAAACAUGCUACUUUUCUAAGACAUUCUAAUAUAGUAAAAGUAUUAAUGAUAGAACAAGGUGUUUCCCUGUCUUUAAUAACCAUGGAAUUAUGUGGCACUACGUUACAAAACUACCUAGAUGAAACAGCAAUAACUAAGAAUGAAAGAGUUGGCAUAUUAAAGAAUAUAGCUUGUGCUCUACAGUUCUGUCAUAGUGCUGGUAUUGUUCAUGCAGAUGUAAAACCUAAAAAUAUUCUAAUGUCUGCGGAUGGCCAACCAAAGCUUACUGAUUUUGGUAGUUCUGUGCUGAUAGGAAAACCAAAUAAAAUUAAUAAAUUUCAUGGUACACCAGGUUAUACUGCUCCAGAGGUAAUAAGGAGAAAUAAACCAUCACCUGCAGCAGAUAUUUACUCCUUAGGAAUCGUAGCAUGGCAAAUGUUAUCCAGAAUGUUACCAUUUGCUGGAUUACAUAGUCACACAAUUAUUUAUCUUUCCGCAAAAGGGUACCGUCCCAUAGAUGAUAAUAUCGAUGAUGAAUUUAGAGGUAUCUAUAAAACAUUAUAUAGACAAAUGUGGUCACAAAAUGUUAUCGACAGACCUACAACUAGCGAAGUAAUAAGUAAGAUAGAUACACUAAUUUCUGCUUAA